CCGGGUGGGACGGGGCAGAGCGCUGAGCGUCCCGGCGUGAGUGGGAGCACGCGCGCGCGCGCGCUGCGCCCACGUGUGCGGUGCGCGGAGGGCGGGAGCGGCGGAGACGGGCGGCGGCCGCAGCUCGCCGCCAGCUGCGCACAGGAGCGACCUCAGGAUGGCGUCUGCCGUUGCGGUCUAGCCGGAGCAAGCCAGCGCGCCGGCCAUGACGGGGAGCCGGUACCCGGGCGGGUGGCAGCCGAAUCCGCGCGCCGCGCCCUACGUGCCGCGCCGGCUGGCCGCGGCGCCGACGCCGCUGCUGCCGCCGCUGCUGCCGCUCGGCAGGCGCUGCUCCCUCUCCAGACUGUGCCAGAGAGGGCUGGUGGCUGUUAUCAUCGUCACCAUCGUCAUCAACGUGCUGUUCAUCUUGGACACCAGCAGGAAGCUGCGAGCGCGCUCCAAGGGCUUCGGCGACACGGACGGCGUGGUCCGCUCCGGCCGCGGCAACAGCCUGCGCCUGCAGCAGAGCGCCGCUAAGAGUCUGACGAUCGAGGCCUACUCCAGCCAGGCCCGAGCCGCAGUCAUGGCCGACGGCGCAACGAUUCUGGAGCACAACAACGAGCGGCACGGCCGCGGCGUGCACGUGCUGGUGCUGCACCAGGCGAGCGGCGCCGUGAUGGCGCAGCGCGCCUUCGACACGUACUCGCCGCACGAGGACGAGGCGAUGACCCUCUUCAUCAGCAUGGUCUCCGACGGUCGCAUCAUCGUGCUCGUCAUCAAGGACGAGGGCACGUUCCAGCUGAAGCAGCCGGCACGUGAGCUGCUGACGCGGCUGGGCUCGCAGGCGGCUGCCGACCUCGCCUGGCGCGACAUGUGGGCGAUGGUGGUCAUCAAGGGCGGCAAGGUGCUCGGCGAGAGCCACAGCAAAAGCCCCGGCUUCAACGCUUGGGGUCCGGCCGUGCUCGUGCGCGCCGAGGUGCCCCUCGUGCCCACGGAGGACACCGAGUGCGCCUGGCCGGACUC